CCGAAGGCCACGUGACUUCUCGUUGUGCGAUUCUCGCACGAGAACCCUUUCCCAGGCUUCGGAUAUAGAGGGUAUUGAACGUUUAUCAAUCUUCAACAUGACUGACUAUAUCACAGCAUCGUUGUGCUACCUGGUCAAAAAUCUAAAUUCCUAAAGUUUUUCGUCUUCUCCACAUCCGGCCCGUCGUAUCAGAAUGUCAUCGAAGAACGAAGCGCGACUUGAUGCACCCACGAUUACUAGACGCCGACAUGUUCUGGCAUGUGCAAGAUGUAGAGCACGCCGAGUAAAGUGCGAUCGAGCUCAACCUUCGUGCUCAAAUUGUGUCAAAGCAGGAUCACUAUGCCAACCUGCUCAACCACAGUCAACUUCACUGCCGAUACAUCCCCACCCUGAAAAGCGGGAUUCGAGCAACUACAACCGAACACCUAGAUACGACGACGAGAGUAAUCCUGCCUCAAGAGAGGUCUCUGCUGCCCCAUCGCCAGAAGAAGUCAAUGACUAUCGGGGCAUCGAGGUUCGUGGCCGAUUGAAUGCGGCCGAUGAUUCAAGCUAUCUCAGUCCUUUCUCUUGGGCAGUGACCACGGAACAGCUCCUUGAAAAUAAUGACCUGUUCAGGACAAAUCCGAGCAGCCCAAACCUAGGCUCAAACUUAACAAAUGACACUUGUAAUGAGAGCUACCCUAACUGUCUUCCAAAUGAGCCAUUGCAUGAGUCUCUGUUGAAUGCAUACCACAGCCACGUCGACCCACUAGUCCGCGUGCUUCAUUGGCCGUCAUUCAUGGAACGAGCUCGUGCGUAUCGAAUGGGGUCGCUCCCAAGACACUCUCCUGCAGCAACAGAGUAUCAGGCAGCCUAUUUUUCGGGAGCGCCUUUAGCGUCGACACCUCAUGGUACUUUCAGCAGUCCAUCAGUUACUCCUAACACGACUCUCCCCUCACAGCACACUCCAAGCCCAAGAACAUGCACCGAUGCAGCGUUCACAGCUGUUCUAUACUCUGUAUAUUACGCCGCUGCAGUGUGCAUUGUCGAUAGCCCACUGGCACGGGAUUUUCAGGGAGUGGAUAUUAACCAGCUUACAGCCGCGUUCAAGAAGGAAGUCGAGAGUCGGGUCAUGGACCUUAGUAAAAGUUCCUCCAAAAGCAUAGCCAUCGAGCGGCUCCAGGCAAUGGUCAUAUAUCUGACUGCAAAUCAUUGCAAGGCGGAUUUGAACCUUGCAUCAUUGCAGCUAACCAUUGCAAUCCGAAUAGCGCAGUCUAUUGGCUUACAUCGGGACCCUUCGACUUUCCAAUUACGGGCAAUCGAUAUAGAGAUACGACGGCGGUUAUGGGCCCAGCUCUGCAUCCUCGAUAUUCGUAUCGCAGAGCAAUUAGGCAAUGAGCCUUCUUUACUACCUAGCUCGUACGACACCAUUCUGCCACUCAAUUUAGACGACACAACUCUGGCACAAAUCAAUGAAAACGAAGUGUCACCUGGAACGGGAGGUGACGCGACACUCGGUACCCUCCAUCAGAUCGAAAAUUCGCAGCACCUUCGAUCGUCCUUGUCGUCAAUGACCUUUUUUCUGAUGCAAGCGGAGGUGGCAAGAAUCAUGGCUAUCUUGCUCUCCACUCGCUAUCGCGCGCGAGAUGCAUUUGCCUUCAGCCAAGGUGGACACCCACGCCCUGACAGGCUCCAUUUAAUCAGUCAACUUGAGCAUCGCCUUCGGGCAUUCUAUCCACAGGAUGCACCAAAGUCGAACAGUCCGGUGCAUGCAUUCAAUUCAGAAGCUACAGAAGUGAACAUAGCGAAAGUCAGAUUCCUCGCACGACUGCUGGAAUGGAAGGACUGCUACAACAGUAUGAGCGAGCAGCGGAAGGAAAGUGAGAGCUUAAGCAUCUACCGCGAUGCAAUAGGUCUUUCUGCCCGCACUCUAUCAUUCAUUCAAACACUUUCCUCGUCGCCUUUCAAAUGGUAUUCUCACCAGAUUAAAGAUGUAUACUCCUCAAGCUUCAUCAUCAUCACCCUACUGUCCAAUCAUUCAUUGGAUACACAACUUAGUUCGCUAGGACGCGCAGCUCUCGACCAACUUUUUCCACCUAGCUCUACAGCUCCCGUUGCCGAAUGGACCAGCCCCUUCGAGCGACUCCUAUUCCGGGCUAGAUCACGCAGUAGCAUUUCUUCCCAGCCCAACAUCGCAGACUUUCAGAUCUCUUCGUUGAAUAACCGUCCAAUAGAUAGCUUUCAAGUCCAAACAUCAGGAAGCCCCUGGCCUACCAGUAUGCCCACAUCAAGCAUCACUGUCGCUCCGUUCCCAUCAACAGGAAACCUAUUCGAAGACUACGAUACCAUGAUGUCGGAGUCUAUGUGGGGAAGCAAUAUUCCGGGUAUGGAAAACCCAUAUGGCCCCUGGGAGCAACACUGGCCACAGUGACUUUUCCUACAUCAUUGCGUCAUCAAUUUCUCGUCAAACCAUAACAUUUUAC